AUGGGCAACGCUUGCUUCGGCCCGCCCUCCGCCGCCGUGAAGCUGAUCCUCCACGGCGGCGGAACGAGGCUCCUCGCCGGCGGAAAGCACCUGGCCGGCGAGAUAAUGUUCGAGUUCCCGGAGCACAUGGUCUGCCACGGCGGCUCCUUCUACAUCGGGCACCCCAUCCCGUCCCUCUCCAUCUCCGACGAGCUCCUCCCCGGCGAGACCUACUUCCUCAUCCCCCUCGACUCCGUCACGCACAACGUCCUCUCCACCUCCUCCGUCGCCGCCCUCGCCCGCCCCGGCACCCCCGUCAAGUUCAACAACUGCCCCUUCGAGUACCUCAAGGGCGCCGACGGCAGGGUUUUGAUCAAAGUCACUCCCGAUUUUAUCGAGCGAUUGAUCGCCGGAGAAAGCGAUGCCCAAGCCAGAGCCGCCGGAGGGUAUUUGUGCAGCACGCCGGAGCUGCAGAAGCAUUAUACUCAGCUGGUGGGGCCCAGGGAUCAGCUCUGGUCCCCCAAAUUGGAGACCAUUUCUGAGCAUAAGAUCAGCUUUUCUCCUUGUAGGUUUAUUGGAUUGGAGUGGAAGCAGAAGGAGGUAGAAACCUAA